AUGCGCUUCACAGUCUUGCCUCUCUUGCUCGCCGCCAUCGGAUACGCCUACGGCUCCAAAAAGGUCGUCACGCUUCGCGCAAAGCCCGGCGCUGCGCUCGUCGCUGCGACCGACAUCCCUCCCAUCGUGAUCAACAUCCCAAGCGAUGUCGAGGAGUUCACGUUCUGGGACGAAUACCUCAACGCUUGCGAAAGCUGGCAGCCGGCCAUCGACCAAGGUCUCAUCUUUGACUUCGGUUCGGUUGGCAUUACCCAGCCCCGCAACGAUUCGAGAGCUGAAGUGCAAUGCCAAUUCGAUGGCGCGGAAGGAAGCUUGUUCACCUUCGCGUUGGAUGUUGCCCUCUCGCUGGGUGCUACCCCAGUUUGA